UUGUGAAGACAGAAUCCCAUUGAGUCAAGGCGAGUGUCAAAGUGAACCAGUGAGAGUGCGGGGAGGGGAAGCAGGCUGAAGCACGCCAUAUGAACCAGAUACAGGAUAAACAAGCAGUGCAAAUGGAGUGAGAAUAGAAGGAAAGACUAGUAAUAAGUCACAGAAAGCGAAAAAAAGUCACAAGAAGAAGAAGAAGAGGGUGUUUGAAGAUUUUUUUUCCUGCCUUCUGUCUCCCUCCCCCCUGCGUGCCUGCCUGCCUGUCUAUCUGUACCAUGACGUGAGGCGACACCAUGUACUCCCUGCAGACUGUGUUCCUGGUGGUCGUGGUGCUGUACUAUAUCAUCACCAGAGGGUUCCCGCGCCUGCUGUCAUGGCUCAUCGUGGCGAAGUACCAGACGGAGAUCAAGAUAGGCUGGAUCUCCCUGCUGCGCCUCAGUUUUGAGGACGUACUCAUCAAGAAGUCUGGUCUGAGCAUUAAGGUGGAGCGGAUUGGAGCCACGAGCAGUCUGUUUAACCAGGAGGAGAGGAAGAUCUUUGCCAUCAAGGUGCAUGAUGUCAGGAUUGAAAAGGAGGUGUCAGAGAGAAGAAGUCGAGGAGGAGGUCAAGGUCAGGGUCAGGGUGAUGUGGGUCUCAGCCGAAGUGAUCUCGAAGAUGCAUUUGCCCAGGCCACCACCUCCUUAACCUCCAGCCAGAAUGCCAGCAUGUCAGAGGUCAUCAGAGUGAGGAUACCCCCAUCAGUGGUGACCCUUGCACAGUUCUUCGGCGUGCACAUCAUGAGUGUCAGCGUGAUGUUCCUGCGAGAGAAGUGGCCCGAGUGUCUGCUUCACGCCUCAGCAGAGAAGAUCACACUGGAGGGCGCCACACUCAACCAGUCCAACAUUGCGCUGAUUGGCAGCAUAACUGGAGCGUCAGUUCAAGUUCUGCAACACGCAUGGGAGAACAGCAGCAGCAGCAGUGGUGGUGGUGGUGGCGGUGGUGGAGAGAGGCGAGGGGUGCAGUCAGUUGGGGGCAGCCAGGACCCUUCACUGAUGGAGUGUGCCGGGUCCCUCAAGCUGUCAGUGGAGAUCAGUGCUGAGACGAUUGCUGCCAUGGAGAACAUCUCAGUGCAGCUCAGCCAGCCGCAGGUCACCAUAAGGGAACGCCUGCUUACUUUCCUGGAACACAAGGCACUGGCAGCCACUCCUGUCGUCCCCAGCCCUCACCUGCCUGCUGUCGUGUCGUCCUACACUUCCCCUGAGGCACUAUUAUACAAGUACUGGCUCUUCCUGCCCCUGAAGUUUCAGAUGAAGAUUGAGGACAUUGGCGUCAAGUUUAUGAAUGGCCUUGGACAGACGGCGCUGCAGGGAACUCUGGCUGCCAUUGACCUGCAGACACACCUCAACAGAGAAGGAGCCUUGGAGAACCUGCCAGCACUACUUCCAGACUUCAGCACAGAGCUCCAAGUGGACAAUACUCGGGUCCAGGGCACACACGAUUCUCUUGUCACCCUCAAUAGGUUUAAUCUGCAGACACAGUUUGUUGGUGAUCGCGUCAACAUGAAGAGUGAAUUCCGCUGGUUGCACAUCUCCUAUGAUGACCGAGACCUGGCAGUGUGGACCACCUACCUCUCCCGCCACAGGGACUCCCCACUGCCUCACCUGCCCCCCUGUGCGGUGGACGGCCAGGCCAAGGAGCGUGUGGGAGCCUCAGCAAGACGCAGCAGCAACAACAACAGCAAGAGCAGCGGGGGGAUCGCCAGCGCCUUCCUGCAGCGGUACUGUGUGGGCCUCAUCAUGGAGCUGUGGGAUGUCAGCUGUGGAGCGUCUGUGGCCGGCUCCUCUCAUGGCCGCACCAGUCUGCAGCACGCCCGUUUCAGUGUGGCUGUGUCGCAGUGGAUCGCUCAGGUGGCUGGGGAGCUGAUCUUGGAGUCUCUGGUCUCCACUCUGGGGAUGGUGAAGCACAGUGUUGCCCCUGCUGUGUCCUCCUCAACAGCUGCAGCGGCCCCAAAGAGGACACAUGUCUGGGGAACCCCUGCCUACGUGGGCCUGUGUUUGGUGCAGCUGUCAUCCUCUGGCCCGCCCCCCAGCAGCACCAGCAGCGGCAAGGUGGUCAGGGAGACGCUGCCGCCGCUGCAGGCUGAGGCACUGAUUGACAAUGUGCAGCUGGAGUGGAGCCCAGAGCUGGCGGCAUUGCUCACUACUCUCUUCAGGUACUUCCAGCAGAUAAAGUCAUGUUCAAGAAGGCCCCGGGCAAGGACACAAAGAGGAGUGGAGCCACAGGUAGAGGAAGAUGGAGAGGUGUUCAGCAAUAUAAGUGCCAAGUGUACCAACAUCAAUGUAUUCGCUGUCUCGGAGCAGAAAGUGUCCAUCAUGGCGCGAGUGGACAGCUUGGAGAGCCAGAAGGCCGCUGGGAACUUCAAGACUGUCAUCAGUGGCACAAAACUGCUUCGCUUCGUCCCAUCUGGCACUCAGUACUCCUGUGUCAAGUCCUCAGAAAUUAAGGGUGAGUGUGGCCAGGUGAGUGAGGUGGUGGUGGAGAGUGUGAAUGGGGAGGUGCUAGUGAGUGUGAGUGACCAGCUGCACCUCACCUGGUCCACCACCACACACAUGACACUCCUCACGCUGGCCCAGGAGGUGGUGGCCUUCCUCACCAACGUCAGGCCCCAAAAAGAUCUAAGGGCAGAGCCAACACCAGCAGAGGCAGCAGCAGCAGCAGCAGGAGGACCCCAGGAGGAAGGAGGGGAGGAGCAGGGUGGACUCAAGCUGCAGAUUCUAGCAAGAGGUGACAUCAGGAUUGGCGCCGAGCUGUCUCAUCGCCAUCAUGUGUGCUUCAUUCUGGGUGACUUGACUUACCUGAUGGCUAACGGGAGAAUAUCCUGUCAAUCAGAGGAGCUACAGGUUCACUUUGACCAGCACAAGAUCAUGUCCCUGAGUGGUGGCAAGCUGUCCCGGGCACUCAACUCCAGGGAGGUGCGGGAGGAGCGAGAGGCCGUGCCUGAACUUACCCUCAGGCAGAACAAGUCAUGGAAACUCACUGUGGACACCUGGGUCUUCACCUUCCCUUAUGAGUACAACUUUGCGGAGGCAUUCAGCAAUGACCUUCUGUCCAUCGUGAAGUGGGUGAAGCUGGUCCACAAACACAAGCCUCGGCCCUUCACAGCGGCCAGCCCCUUGCCCCCAGACCUGGUGAUAAAGGUUCGUCACUGGCAGGUGGAGGUAGGAGAUGAUCCCUUUGAGGUCAAGCUGCGCUACAACUAUGAGCUACUGGAGGAUGAGUAUCAAGAGGGAUGCAAGCGUCUCAAGGCUCUGGACAGCAGGAUUGAGGAGCUGAGGAAGACUAUGUUUCUCUUCCCCACUGGCAAGAUAGAGGAGCUGUACAAGAACCUGCAGGAGAAGAGCAGUGAGACUUACAUCAAGAGGUCAAAGCUGAUGUACGAAUCAGCACCAAUGAGAACUCAGCUCUUCACGUGGACAAUGGAGGAUGUAGUCAUCUUUGCCCUGGCUGACCCGAUCUUCCACGGCACAGAGCGGGUCGUCCAGCACAUGACCAACAUUGACCCGGACUCACCCUGGCCGGAGGAGGAUCAGCAGUUUUCAACCCUGUGGUGUCGCAUGGUGCUUGCUUCUUGUGGGGAAUGGAACUUCAGACUCCGUGACUACCCACAAUCCCUCCUGCUCAUGAAAGACGUGGAGAUUUGGGGCAGAUUGAUUGGGGCUGAGCAGAGGGCCAGCAAGAGAGCCAUCCGGACAGUUAAUGUGGAGGUGGGGGCUCCGUGGGCUGACGUGAGUGUGGAGCGUACCAUGUCGGCCCUCAAGUUCUACCACGACUUUACCUGUGAAGUGAAGAGUUUUACUGCUGCCUAUGGGCCAUGCUGGGAGCCGGCCGUGUCACAGUUCAAUAUAGCCCUGUCCCUGAUCAACCAGCCAUCCAGGGACCCCUCCACUCCUCUACCAUGGUGGGACAAGAUGCGACUGCUGUUCCAUGGACGCCUCACGCUGAUAGUGGACCGCAUGACUCUGCUGCUGCACGCCUCCCUGGACCCUUACAACACCACUGAGGAGAUGGAGCUGACGUGGACUUCACUUACCAUGGACUGGACCAACGCCAAGGUAAUCUUCAAGGGAGAGCUGAAUGUGUUUGUACGGACAGCCUCCAAGUAUGAUGAUGCCAAGCUGCUGCACCUCCCAAACCUCAAGCUGACCAUUAAGAUGAACUGGCAGUGUCAAGGUAACCCAAACGACCACCACUCAGUCAUGCUGUGUGCGCCGGACAAGCUGCCAGAAUACUCCAGCAACCAGGAACACGACUCCUACCGCGCAUUCCGUUCCCAAAAUCUUAACAUGAACAUUGUGCUGGAGACCAAGACCAUGAAGAACAACAACACCAUCAUCACACCGGUCAUCGAGGCAAUGUUCUAUGGCAGCACCCUCAGGUGGUUUGAGAAUCUGAAGUUCAUCCUGUCUGGCGUCACUCGUCCCACUCGCCGCGGUCCACUCUUCAAUAACACCAAGGCGCGAAAACCUCAGCUCUCCCGACACUAUGGCACUGUGCAUCUCUCCAUUUCCUUCCAUCGGUUUGAUGUGCGGUACUGGAUGUCAGUGGGGGUGAAGAAGGGGUUCCAUCUCAGCGGGGAGCAGCUCUACCUCAGCUCUGAACACAACCUGACGCUGGUGCCGCUGAAUGAUGGCCUGAAGCACCGUCCUCGCAGCUGCUGGGAGGUGCAGUACCUUUGCUCUGAGCUUCGGCUGGCCCAGGUGUGGCUACAGAGUGCCAUGCAGGAGUGUGACAUCUAUACUUCAGAGGAGCAGGAACAGGAGGAAUUGCAGGAGCCUAUACCACCACCAGUUGAGAAAUUCUACUUCCUCAAUGUGAACAAGGUGGAGUAUAAGAGGGAGACACCCACACCCACUCCCACCGACACCAUGAAUGACCCGAGCCAGCACGAACCCACCCAUCGCUUGGUGGUGCAUGACCUCAAGGGUGUGUGGACAGCAAACAACAGAGACAUUGUUCUUGCCCUCUAUGACUCCUGGACCAAGAGUCAACAGUUGAGGCGCAACCUGACCCCGGACAUCAUCAAGAACUACAACCCUGAGGCCACAACGACCACACAGAAACCUCGCAGCCGCUCCCUGGUGGAGAACACAGCGCAGGGCCUUGCCUCACCCACCUCAGCACUGCAGGUUCCACCAGUGCAGUCCACACCUUCCCCUAUGACAAGGCUGCAGUCCGGCCAUGCCCAGGCAAUGCUGCAGCAGCUCAUUGCAGAGGCAGACAACAACCAGGUGGCGUACAGCGAGGACUGCUCCAAGGAGAUAGAGAGAGACCAGGUGCUGCACGGACUCAAGGCGUGUGCCAAGGAUGACGUCAUUCACCGCCGAUGGCUCAUUGAAUUGGUGGACAGUCAGGUGCUCCUCAAAGGGUGCGAGUCACAGGGCUACGUGAUCUUGAGUGCUGCCAAGUCACAGAUCCACCAGCAGAUCCACCGACCAGUUUGGCAGGACCAUUCUCUUGUCACCAAGACCACCUGGGUCGGCUCCCUUCAGUGCAUGCAGUAUUAUGCGACUGUCAGUGCUGGGGACAAGGAGACACAGAUGGACAACAUCAUGUGGCUGACAAUGGAGAACAUCAUAGAGAAGGACGCGCAGGUCAUCAAUGAAAUAACAGACAUUGUGGGUAGUGGCCAGUCUGUGGGAGGUGUUGUGUCGCAGACUGUUGGCACCAUGGACGAGGGGGAUGAUGAGCUGCAGCUUCAGCGUAUUGUGUCCCGUUGCAACUGUAGCUUCUUCUACGUGUCAUACGGCGAGACUGACCUUGACAUGUCAAUGUUGGAGGAGGUGCAGGCGCCAUUACCAGAGGACGAACUGUGGAACCGCAAUGUGGAGGCAGUGGACACCUUCACUCUUGCCCAUGAGGACCUGUGUGCCAGUACCAACUCCCUGCAGUAUAACAUGGUAGUGGACAUCCUGAACAAUCUGCUUCUGUACGUGGACCCCAAGAAGAAAGAGGCCAUGGAAGCUGUGGCCAGGAUGAGGUUCCAACUGCAGCUGUAUUCCUGUGAAGACCAACGCAAGCCUAUCAUUCGCCUGCAGAACCAAGUCAGGUACCACUUGUCACAGCUGAGGAGUCUGGAGAAGGAAGUGUAUUUGGUGCAGAGGCAGCUGGACAAAGACCCAAACAAUAUACAGAGGAGGGCGGAAAAGAAGGAGCUGGAGGAACAGGUGUCAAGUUGCAAGGAGCAGGUGAACAGCCUGAGCGAGGAGCUGGCUCUACGUAUUCACUGUUACAACGAAACUCAGCUGUCAGCCAACCACAAAUUGACGGCUGUGGGGGGCGACAAGCAGAUGAAGGUGAUCCGCAUGAACGAGGUGUACUUCCGCAAGGCGCAGUGGAGGCUGACUGAGGCGGAUGGCCAGCUGGGGAUUGCUGACCUGGUACUCUCAAACUUCCUGUACACCAAGAAGACCAAUGCAGAUGACAGUGGGGAGCACCUGCUGGAGUUGGGCUACAUCACCAUGAGGAACCUGCUCCCCAACCAGCCCUACCAGGAGGUUCUUAUGCCCUCAGAGCUGCAGGCCAACAUGCCUGUGGACCGCCAGAGGACGCUACGAAUCUAUUGCCGCGAGAAGCCUCCGUGUGGUGGAAUAUCCAUCAUUGAACACUUUGAGAUCAAUGUUGUGCCUCUGAACAUUGCCCUGACGUACCAGUUUUUCAAGACAAUGAUGAAGUUCUGUUUCCCGGACAAUGCCACAGAGGAGGAGUUUUCAGGCAGGGAAGUUGGCACCAACCCAAGCACACGUGGCAGCAAGAAACAAGCAUCUCUGAGGAAAUCACACAAGGAAUCCAACUUUUAUGUCUCACUUCAAGACAAAGAUGAUGUGGAGAUUAUGAAGCAACGCGCUGAGCAGAACAAGCUCUUCGUGUACAUCAAGAUCCCUGAACUGCCCGUCAAGUUGAGCUACAAGGGCAAGAAGGAGAAGAACCUGGAGGACGUGACCAUGGUGCGGCUGGUCAUCCCCACCCUGGAGUACCACAAUGUCACCUGGACUUGGCUGGACUUCCUCAUGGCCAUCAAGCAGGACUCCAAGACUGCCCUCCUCUCCCAGGCCAUCAGACACAAGCUGAAGAUAGCACACUUGAGAUCCGAUGAUGCAGCAGCCCCUAACGAAGAGGAGAAGGCAAGGCUACUUCUCGGCAACAAGUUGAUGCCUCCAAAGUCUAAGACAACCAAGAAGAGUCUAUUUAAGUUCAACAGAUAGCCCGCCAGCCUGCCCAGCUACACCUCAAGGCGCAGAAGCGAAUGAUAGCAGUGAAUGCAUUCCUUCGUCUUUAUGUUCCUAUUGUAAAGUGUCUGUGGGAGUGGAGAGGGUAUGCUGUAAUGUAGAGCAGUAUAUCAGCACUUUUAUCCUGCCAGUUUAAGUUAGAUAGAAUUCAGGGGAAUGCAAUGAAAAGAGUAUAAUUGCAGGUAAUUCUUGUCCAGAUGAGGUUUUUCAGACCUGUGAUUUAACCCUUUCACUGCUCCUGUACACAAAUCUUCUGCUUCAUUGCCUCUAACCUUUUUUAGACGCUUCAUAACUAUUUUUCCGGUGUAAAAAGGCAAUAUUAACCUAAUGUUUUCCCUCUUUUCUCUGCUGUGUGUCCAUCCAAACAAUUUUUACAGUUAAGUAAAUUUUUACGGUUAAGUAAUAUAGCGUUAAGUGGUGUAGUGGACUGUUUGGGACUUAUCAGAUGGUACUGUGGAUUGCUUGACUGUUAAUCCACCCCAUAACACAUUCUUUAUUCACCUCAAGGUAGCACAAUCUUAUUUUUAAGUCACUUCCACCCAUGAAGAUCCCUCAUCAAUUAAUUCCUUCUGUAUUAAGUUCGUAACCUAAUAUACAAUUUACCGUGGAAUUAUAUUUGGGGAAUCUUGUGGGUGGAAUGCUCAAUGGGGGAAGAUUUAUCUGAGGCAAUGUACACGCUAUUUUUUUUAAGGGAAUUCCACCCCUGAAGAUCCCACAUGAAUUGGUUCCUUUUGUAUUAAAUUCGUAACCUAAUAUUUAAUUUAUCGUGGAAUUAUCUACGGGGAGUCUUAUGGGUGGAAUGAAGGGAAAGUACAGUUUAUUCCUUAGUGUUGUGAAAAGUAACACUACCACAUUCUUCCCUCACUUCCUACAACGAUUCUCUCCCUAACGUAACUUAUCAAUGAAUUAUCUAUGGAAAAUCUUAUGGGUAGACUGUUCAAGGGGGAAGAUUUAGCUGAGGGAAUGUACAGUAUAAUCCUUAGUGUGGUGGAAAGUCAUGGUCUUCCUAACACAUUCUUCCCUCACUUCCUCCCUGACUUUCUCAUUGAACAUAAGCAUAAUUUGUAGAUACCUCUCAUGUGCAUGGUGGGGAGAGUGUUGCCUCAGUGCACUGUAAUGAGCAGCUCUCUGUUGCCUCUUCUGUAUUGGUGCUUCUACUUUUUCUUUCCCUGAAUAUAGAUAAAACUCUCACCAUUGCACCUCAGUAUUAUAUUUCUGACAAUAUUGGUGUUGUGCAUGACUACUACUACAACUACUACUACUACUACUAAUAAUAAUAAUACCACUACCACUACCACUACUACUACUACUACUACUACUACUACUACUACUACUACUACUACUACUACUACUACUACUACUACUACUACUACUACUACUACUACUACUACCACAAAUAACAUAAGGCUAGAUAUGCUUUUGCUGUGACAUAUUGCUGUUUACAAUAUUCAGCUUUACUCUGUGAUUUAGUUAUAAAGAUGAUUGAGAUCAGAUUGUGUAUAUGAAUGUGUGUGUGUGUGUGUGUGUGUGUGUGUGUGUGUGUGUGUGUGUGUGUGUGGGUCAAGGUUGUGUAACUCAUCAUCAAGUCAAGCUCAUGGCAUCACUUAGCAAUCUCUUUAAACCAAUGUGAAAUGCACACUUCAUUCUUUCACUUAUUCAUCUCACUACACAGUUCUCAUUCCCCACAGGCAUCAGUGAAUACCGUAACCCUUUCAUUGCAGGACAAAUAUUUUCCUAAAUCCACCUGUGACUUUUUAGACAGUUACUUAUAUGCUGUAGCCUCUUAAAUUGUUAAAUAGCUAGAAAAGACUAAAUUUACCCAUCUCUUUUUUUCUAUAUUAAUGCAAAUAAUUUUUACAAUACUUUCAUGGAAAACAAGGGAAGAUUAUAGCAAUGGAAGGGUUAACAAUCAUAUAUAGUCACACACCUCCUCGUCCUUUCCCAGCAGGAGGGGAGUGCAUGCAAACAGUCACAACAUUGCUUCUUGCCACAGACAGUCUAAGGCGGCGUCACACAAGUAUUGUUCCUCACCCCACACCUCACACACCUCUGUUCUUCCACCUCAUGUCAUGCACUGUUGCUCAAAGUAGCUGUAGGUGACUUAGUAUGGUAAUUGUAAUAAGUGUGUGUGUGUGUGUGUGUGUGUGUGUGUGUGUGUGUGUGUGUGUGUGUGUGUGAUACAUUGACAGUUUGUUAUGUGUGUGUUUCGUCUUUUGUUCUUGUGCACACUCUGAAUUUUGUGCCCUGUAUGAAUCUUGUGUUUAAUUCUUAUAUGUUUAUGAUAAUUUAAAGACCUACUAAGAUUUAGGUGGGCAUGAAUGAUUAAUUUUAUGUGAAUUUGUAAUGAUGAGCUUAAGGAAAAUUGUACCUUCCUUUUAUUGUUAUUUUGAAGGGGAGUUUAUGACACAUGUACAGGUGAUGUGUGUGUGAUAUCAGAUGUAAGGCAGCAACACUAUGUAAUUGGAAAAAAAUGUACAGCUGUUGAUAAGGCAUUGGAAAGGUACUCCACUACUUUUAUCCUAUUGUGAAGAGCUGGCAGGGGUCCUGAAGAAUCCAGUAAGGAGGAUGGAUGCAAAAGAAUACAUAUGAAUAGAGAAAUGUAUAUACACAGACCUCUCAAUUGGCUGUGUAGAUAGAAUGAGAUUUAUACAUAGAGGGAAGAACUGAAAAAGAGACAGGUGUGGCUAAUACAGUGAUGAAUAUAUAGAAGAAAGGACUGAAAAAGAGACUAGUGUAGGUGUUGCAGUGGUUAAUACCGUACUUUAUGUAAGGAAUAUAUAUUUUAAACUGAUUCAAGCUGAAAGAUUAUUAGAGAAUAUGAAGAGUAAUGGAAAAACUAGACUAGCAUGAUAUAAAAAGAAAGAAAAAAAUGUAUAAGGAAGUAGAUAGACUGAGGUGAAGGUAGAUAAUAUGUUAGGAAAUAGAAAGAUUGAGGUGAAGUGUUUGGGAAAUAGAUAAAGGUGAGAUGAAGAGAGAUAAAAAAAAUAUAGACUGAUAAAAGAGAGUGUAAAGAAAAGGAAAGGAAAUUUCAACUGGGACAUUAAAAAAAAAAGACCUUGUUUUGUGAAUGAAAACAUAAAGUGAAGGGAAGAGAAAUGUAUAGACAGAAAUGUAUAAAUGAGAUUAGUAAAGUACAGUAGAGUAAGCAGAAUAAAUACAUAGUUGUUUAUAAGGCAGAAAUAAAUAGGGAAAAAAACAAAGGUAUAUUGAAAAGACCAGCUAUUGUAUGCAGUAUGUGAAUGCAUAUAUGUAUAGAUGAAUGAGAUUAGUAAGGUACAAUAGUAAGGAAAAUAAAUACACAAUUAUAAGGCAGAAAUAAAACACAGAUAAAAUUGAAAAGAUCUGUUACUGCAUUUUUUUAUUUUUUUAUUUUAUUUAUUUUUUUUUAAUGUAAAAGAGACACUGGCCAAGACCAAGACCAACUCAAGUGCCAGCCCCAAAAAUUGAAGUAAAAAAAAAAUGAAAGAAUGCCAGUGAACGCAUAUAUGUCAAUGGCACAUAACUGAGAGGCUGUGCAGUGUGUAGUGGGGCAAUGUGCACUUUGUAACUUCCUGGUUCUCUCCUGCAACAGUGUAGGAGUGUGUAUCAGCACGGCAGCCUCUCUUGCAUAUGCAUCUUGUCUUCCAUACACACACACACACACACACACACACACACACACACACACACACACACACACACACACACACACACACACACACACACACACACACACACACACACACACACACACACUUGUAGAUAAUAUGUAAACUUUAUUUGUAUAUUUCUGUGUAUGGAAAGUAUUGCUGUAGUAAUAUUCUGUAGACCAAAGAUACAUAUUUAUACUACAUAUCUGUAUUCUCAUCAGGUUAUGUAUUAAUUUUAGAGAGAGAGAGAGAGAGAGAGUUAUGCAGAUGCUCCAGGGAAGAAAUAUGCUCUUGUAAUCCACCAAAACUAUGAUUAAUUUGAAAUAUCUUGAAUGCUCUCUAGAAAAAAAAUGUCAAAAUGAAGAGCCAAGUUUUUCUUUGCAGCAUCAACAGCAUCCCAUUAAUAUAUAGUCUUGUUAUGUCAUGCAGGGGUCAAAGGUUGUUUUAAUUCACUUUUUUUGGUAUUAGAGUAUAUGUGAAAAAUGUGUAAUGCAGAGAAGAUGAGGAAUUGAGAAGAGGAAUAAAAAAGUCAUUAAUGGGCAGAAAAUUUAUCUUGUUAUGUCAUUUAAGCUUUUUCAUGGUAUUAAGAGUAUAUGUGUUGGAAUAUAGAGUGCUGGUAAGGAAAAAAACUGUAAUGUAAAGAUGAGGAAAAACUGAGAUGAGGAAUAGAAAAAGUAAUUAAUGUGCAGAAAAUUUGUCUUGUUAUGUCAUUCAGAGGGUCAAAGAUAUUUGUAUUUGCAUGAUUUUGUUGGAAUAUACAGUGGUGGUGGUAAGGAAAAGAAUAUGUAAUGCAAACAUGAAGAAAAAUUGAGGUUAUGAGUAAAAAACAAACAAAAAAACAUUCACAUGCAGAAAAUUUGUCUUUUUUGUCAUUCAGGGGUCAAAAAAAAUCUCAUUUAAGCUUUAAUUGUAUUUAUUUAUUUAUUUAUUUAUUUUUGGUAUUAGAGUAUAUGUGACUUGUGUUGGAAUGCACAAUGGUAGGAAGGAAGGUGAAUGUAUAAUGCAGAGAAGAUACUUGAGGAAAAUUUGAGAUAGUUAAGAAAAAAAAAAAUUAUAUGUGAAAGAUCUCAGAAAUGAAAAGAUAAGUAAACCUGGGAUGAGGAAUGAAAAAUUAAUAAUAUGUAAAAACUUGAGAAGUGAAAAAAAAAAAACUUAUGGAAAGGCCUGAUGUCAGAGAAAAAAAAUUGAGAGAGAAAUGAAGAAAAGCCAAGAAGGAAAAUAAAAAGAAACUGACAAGUGGAAAAGCUGAGGGGAAAACCAGGAAAAUUUGGAGAAAUAAAAUAAUGUGAGGAAAAAAUAUGAGAAAGGAAUGAAGAGAAGCUGAGGAGAAAAUAUUAAAGAAAGUCAAACAAAAAUCACAGAAGGAAAUUGAAGAAUAGAGAAUGAGGAAAUAAGUAAUAAAAAGAAAAAACCUUGAAGGAAACUAUUCAAGAAAAAAAAUAUUCGAAAGGUGAAGGAAACUUAAGAAAUGGAAAUGGGAAAAUAAAGAGAUUUAAGAAUGGAAAGAGGAAACAUGAAAAAGAAAAGAAAAAUGACAAAGAAAUAGAUGAAUUAAAAAACUCGAAUACUGGAUAGGAAAAUUGGAAAUGACUGUCUGUCUGUCCAAAUGAAUGCCUUGUAGAAAUUAUAAUGAUAAAAUGUCAUUAUUAUUAUUAUUAUUAUUAUUAUUAUUAUUAUUAUUAUUAUUAUUAUUAUUAUUAUUAUUAUUAUUUAGUUGAGUUAACCUUUUCACUCCCAGAUAAAGUAAGUGUGUGUGUGUGUGUGUGUGUGUGUGUGUGUGUGUGUGUGUGUGUGUGUGUGUGUGUGUGUGCCCCAGCAUACACAUAUACAUCCCUGCCUGGUGCCUGUAUACAUACAUUUGACUGGCAUAAAGAUAAGAAAAACAUAACUGUGAUAUGUAUGUGUGUAUAUUUCAGUGUAUAAAAAAUUGUGUAGGGGAUGUACGUACGUAUGUAUUAGUAUAUCAACUCUUCCAGCGCUGAUAAUUACCUCAACACACACACACACACACACACACACACACACACACACACACACACACACACACACACACACACACACACACACACACGUUAUAGAGCUUCUAGUAUAAAUAUAUAAGCUCUACUACACCCUGCACCAACACUAGAGCUUCCUGUGUCUCUCAAAGCUCUAUCACAUUCUAGGAUACUUUAAAUCUUGCCCUUUAUAUCGAUACUUUUUGUAACCAACUAUGCACUCAGUUUUAGUCACUGAUUUCUUGCCAUUUAUAUCAGUAUUGGUAAUGUUUAUAUAUAUUAUAAUGUUAUGUGGAGAGAGAGAGAGAGAGAGAGAGAGAGAGAGAGAGAGAGAGAGAGAGAGAGAGAGAGAGAGAGAGAGAGAGAGAGAGACGUGCCCUGGUGUGAUAAAUUAACAUACUUGGAACUAUAGUGAAAUCUCUCUCUCUCUCUCUCUCUCUCUCUCUCUCUCUCUCUCUCUCUCUCUCUCUCUCUCUCUCUCUCUCUCUCUCUCUCCAGGACCUCCUAUCACUUACCAGUAGAUUAAGGUGACGAUACAUACACGAAAUAGCAUAAUAAGGCGUCUCUCUCUCUCUCUCUCUCUCUCUCUCUCUCUCUCUCUCUCUCUCGUCAUGGGUGUAUAAUCUUACCAUUCAUGUCACAGCGUUUACCAAGACUCGGUAAAAUGAAUAGUGUUAUUGUUUUACGGUCAAGAGCUGAGUGGAGGAACCAGCGGCAGGUGAAGGUAUUUGUUAUAUAAGCAAGAUUUUUAAGUUUUUUUUUUUGUGAUUCUUUUCUUGUGCAUUAUUAUUGAUAUGGUAUUCAGUGCUGUUAUUUGUAUUAUGAUUGCAGAUUUGUUAUUAUUAUCAUAUUAUUGUUAAACUAUACGCCCGAUAUACAAGUACGUAUUUUUUUUCUUUUUUCUCAAUGUAUACGGUACGAAAGAACGAGAUCUGAUUGCUGACUUUGAUAAUGAAUGAACGCACCUCUCAAUAAACGAGUAAUUUAACACCA